CCCCCCCCCCCCCCCCUCCAGUUCCCUUGUCCUCCGAUAAGGCAUGCGUCUCCAUACCCUUCCUUAAUUGAGUACCGCUUCUUGGGGGUUCUGUGAUGGUCUGGCUGCCACCGGCGUGUGGUCUGUUGAAAUACUACUACCGGGGAGGAUUUUGGGUCAUCAAGCUUUAGUCGCCCUCCUACACACAAUUUGAAUGAAAUCAAUCUCCUUUCUUCCGCAUUUGACCCUCUUCCUUAUCCUCCAUCAUCAUGGCUUGGGAUCACUUGGAUAUCGAUAAGCCCCACCUGGCUUAUAUGAUCCUCGGGGGGUUUACCGGCCUGUUCAUGUUAUGCUCGCUUUUUGUGAAAGAAAAGCUCUACAUUGGUGAGGCCUCGGUCGCCACCAUCUGCGGUAUCAUCUUCGGCCCUCAUGCCGCCAACCUCUUUAAUCCCCUCUCUUGGGGAAAUGUUGACAAAAUUACCCUCGAAUGUUCUCGCAUCGUCCUCGUCGUCCAAUGUUUCGCCGUCGGGGUCGAAUUGCCCAAGGCCUACAUGGAACGCCAUUGGAAGUCCGUGACCUUACUCCUGGUGCCCGUCAUGACCUGGGGCUGGCUGGUGACCAGUCUCUUCAUCUGGUGGAUGAUCAAGCCGCUCACCUGGCUGGAGAGUCUCGUAUGCGCCGCCUGCGUCACCGCCACCGACCCCGUCCUGGCCUCGUCCGUCGUGGGUAAGGGUAAAUUCGCCAAGCGCGUUCCGAAACAUCUGCGAGACGUUCUCUCCGCCGAGUCCGGCUGCAACGACGGCAUGGCCUUUCCUUUCAUCUACCUGUCCUACUACAUCCUCCACUAUCGCCCCGAUGCGAAUGAAGUCGCGCUGAACUGGUUCUGUGUGACCAUUCUGUACGAGUGCAUAUUCGGCGCUGUCUACGGCUUCACCAUCGGUUACUUGGCGCGCCAUGCCAUCAAAUUCGCCGAGCGCAAGCAACUCAUCGAUCGCGAAAGUUUCCUGGUGUUUUACUUCGUGCUCGCCCUCUUCUGCGCCGGUUCCGGAAGUCUCUUGGGCAUGGAUGAUUUGUUGAUCGGUUUCGCCGCCGGCGUUGGUUUCAGUAAUGACGGUUGGUUCACCGAAAAGACGGAAGAGUCCCACGUCUCCAACGUCAUCGAUCUCUUGCUCAACUUGGCUUACUUUGUUUAUUUUGGUGCCAUUGUCCCCUGGGAGGAGUUCAAUAACGCCGCCAUUGGUCUAGAUGCGUGGAGGCUUGUAGUCAUCGCCCUCCUCGUCAUCUUCUUCCGCCGGAUCCCAAUCAUGCUGCUACUAAAACCCAUCAUACCAGAUAUCAAAACAUGGCGCGAGGCGCUGUUUGCUGGUCACUUCGGUCCCAUUGGUGUCGGUGCGGUUUUUGCCGCGAUUCUGGCGAGAGCCGAGCUGGAGACGGGCACCACCCAGCCCGUGCCGGAAGCCGAGUUCCCCCAACCCAAUACCCAGAACUACUAUAUUGUGCAAAUCAUCUGGCCCCUCACCACCUUCAUGGUCAUCUCCUCCAUUCUGGUCCAUGGCUCAUCGAUUGCCGUCUUCACCCUCGGCAAACGUAUCAAUACCCUGUCCAUCACCCUAUCCUACACGACCGCUAACGAAGAGGGUCCUUCCUGGAUGAACCGUCUUCCCCGUGUACAAUCUCUUGCCAAAGGCUCCAUAUCCUUCCGCAAGGCAGAUGACUUGGACAGCUCGUCCAAUGAACCUGAGUAUCCCCCUGGAACUUUACCCCCCAUUGGCCUCCCCGGCACUUUCUUGCGUCGCGUUCAUGAGGACGAAGCAGGAUCCCCCAUUGGCAAAGUUUCCAGUAGAAAAGCUCGCAGGGGUCGCAGAAAGGCAGGUGGUGCUGGGGGCCCGAUUAGUCGAUCAGCCAUCGCGCCUCAGCGGCCAUCCGAGGUGGAUUCCGUAGAUGCUGAAAAGGCCGUGGGCGAGAGCGAGUCAACGACCCCGUCGUCGCCACCACCACAGCGCGCUACAGUCAACGUGUAUCAGGAAGGAAAUGACCUGGUCUAUGAGGAUGACGAGGGGACUGUUCUCCAGACAGAAACUAUCGGUCAAAUGUCGCCGGAGGAACAACAACGCCACCUCGACGGAGAACGAUCCAAACUCCAGCAACAAUUGGAAAAACUAGCCAAACCGGAGAGCCCAGGCAGCUGCCAAACCACUGUUGAAGAAACUCCGGGAGAGAAGGCCCCCCAGACGGUCGGCCCGAAGACCAAACACGCAGUUGAAAAGACUCGUGGACGCUUUGGCCGCUGGUUCGGUCUUGGCAAAGAACGCGUGGAGCAGACGGAAAACCCUGGUGAAGAAAAGCCCCAGGAGCAGCCCGUCUCCAAGCCCGCCAAGGGUAAGGGUCGCUCAGCACACGCAUAUCAAUUCGGGAACACGAUCAUUGUGGAGGAUGAGGACGGAGAAGUUAUCAAGAAGUAUUCCAUUCCCGCCUCGGACAAGCCCGACGUGAACGAUCCCGUUCGACGUGGGUUGACCCGCAUGGGAACUUGGUUCGGGAUGGAAGAGGAAGGGGAAAACUCGCACGUUGGAAAGAAAUCAGCAGAAGACGAAUGGCUCGCUGAUGACGGUCUUCGAUUCACGCUGGCUAGUGAUGACUCGGUCGGUAAACGAGGUGUCCAGCACAAGGGUCGGCGAAUGAACAAGCAAGAGUUUGCUGAGCAGAUCCGGAACCUCGGGCCUAGAGCCCGUCACGCCGUCGUCGAAGAAUCGGACGUGCCCGAAUACAUCAAGGAUGUUGCUCGGGAUGAAGCCCAGCAAGCAGAGGAAAAGCAAGGGCGUCGCCAAUCUGUUCCAGGUCUUGCGGGACCCGCUCUGGAACAGAUCUCUGACGACGACUCCGGCUCCGAUGGCAAUAUCAGUGAGGGCGAAUUGGAUUCUGGCGCGCCCGGUCAUAAUGUCGCCGCCUCAUUGGCCCGAUUCGCCCAAGGAACGGCCGCCGAAGAGCGACGCAGUCAUCUUCGUCCCUCGACCUCUUCUCCUCGAUUCGCCUUCCGAGAACGUAGAGACUCCGAAGACGAUGGGACAGAACGGAUCCCACCAUCGCAGCUCCGGGAAGCCGCUGGUCUCUCGCGCGCACCGCAGCAGGCUGACCUGGAUGACAGUAGAGAAACUCCAGCGGAACGUCGCCGUCGUCUGGCCGCUCUGGGUGAAUUGAACGACUCUGGCGACUCUGAUUCCGACGACCCUGACGCUAUUGUCGAAGACGACGAAUCCGACUCUGAGGAAACCGGCGGCGCAGGCCAGGUUCUUGGUAAGAUUCAAUUCGCAGACGGCACCAAGCUCUCUGGAGGCAACACCUACGAUCGCGAAGGCAACAGCUCAAGCUCGCGAUCCCAUCGCAGUCGACGAUCACGAAUCUCCUGGGGAGGAGAAAAAGGUCGUGAGACUUGAAACCACUUCCAUCCCUUUCCCCAACAGCGGCA